AUGGCAUCAGAGGCAUCCACCUCCUCCCCAAAGCGCUCCGCCUCUCAAGAUCCCCAGGCCGCCGAAGCGAACGACUCGCCGAACCCCACGAUACCUACGAACACGAUCACGAUGACCGACAACGACAUAGACGAGUACAUGGCCGAGCAGGGUGAAGAUCAUGGCACCAACCUCCCCCAGCCCACAUCAUGGACUACCGCCCAAAAGCUGCAGCACGUGGAGGAAGGCGUGAAAGAGGAUAUGGUCCCGGGGGCAACUUGGUAUGUUGUGUCGAGGAGAUGGUACCAGCGAUGGAGGAAGGCCAUGACAGGCGAGGAAGACAAAGAGGGCGUGCUAGACGAACAGGACGUCGGACCGGUGGACAACAGCGCGCUCUGCAGUGCGUCUGGGGAAGUCAUAACCUCUCUGGUCGAACACGUCGAUUGCGAGUUCGUGCCGGACCGGGUGUGGCGGUUGUUCGAGGAAUGGUAUGGGACACCCAAGUUCCCGCUUCCACGCAAAGUCGUGCAGCGUGGCCUUGCACAAGAGACGGCCCUAGAGCUCUGUCCACCUUCAUUCAAUAUUCACAUCAUCUCUACCUCGAGCAUCCCUGGGCAGGCACUUCCGCCGACAACGGUUACAGUCUCUUCAGCGGACAAGGUCAGCAAUGCAUGCAGGGCCUUCGCGGAAGCCAUGGACGCGAGCAAGGCUGAAGGUGGACAGUACCGAGUGUGGCGAAUCCCAUCGAGCACAACUCUGAACUCCAUAUUCAUCCCCGUGGAUGCCUUCCGAAAAAGUGGCGUGAUGCUGCUCAAUGGCGAGGAGGGUGUGGUUGAAGACGAGUUUGUGGAUUCCGGAGAGGCCUUCGCGGUGGAGUUCAUGUCGUCUGGAAACUGGCUUGUCGAUGCCUCCAACUUCGGUCCCCCGCCACCUGCCCCAGUUUCUGUCCUGCCCCUGACCCAAACUGCUCAACCCGCUCCGCUCUUCAAGCCGUCAUCCGACUUUGUCUCGAAGCUGGAGCAGAGGACUUUACCGACCGUCAGUGUCACUGCAACGUCCCCGUUCAAACCCAAUGCCGUCGCGCACAAGGCUCAAGAGCCUGGAACCAUGGGUCUCGGGAACAUGGGAAACACGUGCUUCAUGAACUCUGCCAUCCAAUGCCUCGUCCAUACCCCAGAACUCAUGGAUUACUUCCUUGCCGGCGCCUUCGGUGCUCUUCUGCAUCGAAUCUGGGAUACCGAUGCGGUGUCUUCACACUACACGCCUCGCGAAUUCAAGCAGACAUUGCAGCGUUUUGCUCCGCAGUUCAGUGAAGACUUGAACCGCGUGCUCCAGAAACCAUACGUCGAGAAGCCUGAUUGGGAGGGUGGAGGUGACAAGGAGCUUGUCGAGCUCGCGAAUUUGUCGAUUUGUUUCAAGGCCAGUAUCAGAGCACCUUGGUAUGCCCCGAGUGCGAGAAGGUGUGUCUCCAUUACUUUUGAUCCUUUCAUGUACCUCACUUUGCCCCUGCCUGUUAAGAAGAAGUGGCAACACACCGUCUUCUACAUCCCUUGGGAUCUCAGCAAACCCCACAUGAGGAUUCCUGUGGAGCUCAACCGAGACUCGUCGUUCAAGGAAGUUCGUCAGUUGCUUGGUCGAUGGAUGGACACCAACCCAGACCAUAACCUUGAUGAUACUGUGCCAUGCGACGAGAUGUCGGACAACGACAUCAUCGUUUGCUUUGAACUUCCGUGUCAUUCCCAGCAGGGAAGGAAUUACUCGCCGCAGCCCGAUGAUCCCUUCAUUGUCGCGGUGUUCGCCCAGGACUCUAAACUUUCCACCAACGGCAUCGGGCGCGGCUCGACUCUUUUGGAGCAAGCAAAAGAUCCUGAAGCGAUGUACGAUGUUGUCGCAGAGCGCCUACAACGCUGGACUGCUCACGCUCGCGAUCUUUCGACCUGGGUGCAAGGCCGGACAGACGACAUGGAACCCGUCCAGAUUCCCAUCUCUACCCCGAUACGCGAUGCUGUCGCCGAGAUCACAGAAAACGGCGACGUUGUCACUGUCGAACCUGCUCCAGAGGAAGGCGACAUCGUCGAUGAGAAGGCCGUUGUGGUGCAGCAAGCGGACGAAGACGCGGAGAUGUGUGAACAGGACAACGUGCCGCGCAAGACCGGUUUCAAGCGGGAGGUCUUCAGGUUGCGCGCCAAAUCGAAGGAUGGAACGCUGCUUCUCCCUCACGACGUGUUCUACAUUGAGUUCGACGAAACAAUCAAGUCGUACUACUUCGGCGACGAGCGGAAUCGGUACAGCUACGCUCUCUGGGAUACGUGGGAGGAGUUCGUCCAUCCAGAGCUCGCGGCAUCGCGCCAGGCGGCGACGACGGACUGCCUCGACGAGUUCACGCGGGAGGAGAAGCUGGGCGAAGACGACCUGUGGUACUCGUUCGACCUAUGGAAGGUGCCGGACGUGCUUGUCGUACACCUGAAGAGGUUCAGCAACAGCCGGAUGCUCCGCGACAAGAUCGACGCCUUCGUCGACUUCCCGACCGAGGGCCUCGAUCUUACAGCAAUGGUCGGGGAACGGUCCACCGGCAACAAGCUGAAGGCGCAGGGCGCGGACGUUGAGGCGCUUGGGUUGACGGAUCUGGAGGAGCCGCUUGUGUAUGACUUGUUCGCGGUGGACGAGCACAUGGGUGGACUGGGCGGCGGGCAUUACCGCGCUUACGCGCUAAACCACGUCACCGGCAAGUGGUAUCACUUCGACGACUCGUACGUCACACCAUCGUCGGCGGACAAGGCAGUGAACGCGAACGCAUACCUCCUCUUCUACCGUCGGCGGACCUCUCGCCCGCUCGGCGGCAAGAGCACGAGAAGAUUUCUGCGGCGCAGGCUCUACAGCAGAACCCACGACAUCCAGCUGCCCACACCGCCCGACGAAGACUCGCAGUCGGCAGGCUCGCAGCGGCACAGCGCAAGCGGGAAGCAGCCAGCUAGCUGGCCGACGCCAAACUCGUCGUCGCGCGGGUCGCCGCCUCCUCCGCUGGAAACGACGGGCGAGAAUGUGUCAUACGGCUUUACACUCUUCGAUCCGAUGACCCGGUCGUCAGCGGACUACCCUGAGGUGUCGUCGCGGGGCUCGCCGAGCUCGGUGGACGCCGAGCCCGAUUUGGAGGACAUCGACGACGACGUGGAUGGACCGUUCUCGGACGAGCAUGUGCUGCGUAUGGGAAACGGGGGCGGGCCAGUCGACGACGACGAGGUCCCGGACGUGACGAUGCUGACUCCAGCAGAGUCCGAGGUGGAGGACAACGAUGACCAUAUCCCGGGGUAUUCGCCGCAGUGGCGAGGUCAUUGA